CUUCCCGCUUGCAUUCAAACGAUUUGCUAUUGUUUACAUUUUGUCGCUUCAUCGUACCCUUUUUUGCCAAACAAACGGGUCCAUUAACCUUCACAAUGGCUAUGUCAAUAUACGACUAUGUUCGCUUAGCAGCCCUGAUUGUCAUCGUCAUUGUUUUAGCAACCCAAAAGGCGAAAACCUACAUACUUGCCGACGCAGUUAUCACUCUCACAACCGGAGUAGGGUCAAUUUGGGGGUUUUCGCAACUGACGUACGAAUCUGAGACAACCCUAACCUAUGAUGGCCUCCAUGUCCUCAUUAAUCAGACUCUCAUCAGCUUCGUGCUGAUGCCAGCUUUGUUCUACCUGUUCUUUGCUCGCUCUGCCAAAGAUGACGACGCAGCACAGGGCCUCCUUGCCACCCGAACUCUUAUGAUUGGUCUUGCUACCUUCAUCAUCGCCUUCAACCAGUGGAGAAACCCUCGGAUCUUCAAGGACACACAUGUUUCUGUCCGACUGUCUUCUACUGUGCUGUGGUUCUGUCUGGCGGCAUAUGUUCUGUACCGGAGCGGCAUCGCUCCCCCAAGACGUGGCCGUGUCUCCCCCAUCAACCUGUACAUCAAGAUCGAUAUCGUCAUUGCUGCCCUGUACGGCCUCUUUGACCUCCUGUUUGCACGCUUUGCUGGCAGUUUGAUAUCGGCACGGUUUGACCUCCUCCAUGAGCAUCUAACGACCUUGGAGGGUGCAGCCAAUCUAUCCACUGCUGUGUUGGGAGUCUACGCCCUCGGUUUCCGCAACAUCGCAGAGAGGAAGGGCUACCUAUGCUGUCGUCUCACAGUCCUGCUGUUGACGUCUUGCUGCCUGGCUUGUGGACUGUACAACAAGAAGCUUACCCUCACGGGGGUCCGACAUUGGAGUGUUUGCAUUAGGCCUCAUCCCGGUCAUUCCAGCGGUCACUGGCCUUGUACUGACCGGUGACAAGAGGAUCUUCACCUCAUCUACCUCAACUGGCUACAACCUCCGCGCGGGACUAACACAUCCUUGGCCUGAUCCUGGCACUGUUUCUCAGACACUGGUCAUUAACUAAUGAUAAUUGUUCUAAGCUGGCUCUGUGCCUGUUGGCCACGGUAACACUGCAUGGUGUUUUCUUGGUCAGAUUCCUAAUUCACUGCUUUGAAGAACCAUUUCUGGUGUAGUAUGACAAGACUUACACAGUCCUUCAGUCAUAAGUAAAUUAUCCCCAAAGUUUGUUUAUUAUGUAAGACAGCUUGCAACUGACCAGGAUUAGACAUUAGUUGGAACUAUCACUAGUGUGUGAUCUGCUGCCAGGCGGUUGUAAUCCUGAUAGUGGAACCCCACAAGGAGAUGUCGCUUGUCCUUGUUAUUUACCAGGCUUGGUCUAGUUUACUUACUAGGGUUAAGUAAGAUUAUAUUCGCUUAUAAUUAUUGUUUUGAUAUCAAGGCCUGCUAUUCACACUACUUUUCUUACCACUGUUGGGAACUAGUAUGUCAUAUUGACUGAGCAGCUGUCAAGAGACCGGCAUGAAAUGUCUGGUCAGCUCUAUAGGUGCAAGGUUUUGUUUCACAGUUCUCCCAGGUAGUGCUAUUACUGUUCACAGUGCAGGAUCAUCAUGUGGUUGUCGUAGUUCACUUACUCAGUAGUCAGAAUGUGUACCAUCAUUUAGUUUUAAUUUUUUUUUAGGAUUUGUAUUGUUAUGGAUAAUUUUUAUAUACUUAUUUUGUGCUGUUGUUUAACAUAAACUCUCUGUACACAACGUAAGAGAGCACGUCAUCACACUCAGCGUGGCCAUAUGGUCUUUGUUUCUUUACCAUGGUAGUUACAUAGUUUUGUCACUGAUAUUUGUUGUUACUUGUUACCUCUCUGUCACAUUUUAAAACAUCUUGUUUUACUGCCCUGAAUCUCAAAACACAAUGUUAUUUAAAGACUCUAUUUAGUCAUCAACACAUCAUCAUCAUCAUCAUCAUAGCAGUGUGUUUUCACACUUGGUUGUUUAAUUUUGUUUUAACAGUUUUCAUUUACUCUAAUUGUUGUCAAUUUUAAUAGACUGUUCCAGUGAUUGAAUCUCAAAUAUGACUUCAAUAAGAUAUCUUUCUACACAGGAUAUCAUGGAGUACAUUGAUCAUGAGAAACAUCAGCAUAGUCACAGCAAUGUGUUUUCACUCUUUGUUUCUUUGCUUUGUAAUUUGAAGAGCGUUGUUUUUAAGUAUAUUGUUCCUCACGGUAAUGUGACUUGUUGGACAGGUUCUAAUGGUUUGACAGAUGCUGAACUUUACAAACAGGCGGCAGAACAAACAUAAGAAUAAAUCAUGAGGAGUCACUGAAGGAUAGAAACCUCCAAUCAAAACAACGAAUUUUAACGUAAAUUAUAAACAAAAUAAUAUUCAAAAUAAGCAUAUUACCAAUUUUUUUUAUACUGUUUUUAAGACUGCUCAUCCUCAUUUAAACAAUUAGUAUGGUGAAAAGAGAUUCCAGAGAUUAUCGCACAUUCUAACAAUGUAGCUGAAACUGGUUCUCACUGCAAAGUCUCUGGUACACCAGGGGCGGUAGGGUAGCCUAGUGGUUAAAGUGUUUGCUCUUCACUCUGAAGACACGGGUUCGAGUCCCCACAUGGGUACAAUGUGUGAAGCCCAUUUCUGGUGUCCCCUGCCGUGAUAUUGCUGGAAUAUUACUAAAUGCGGCGUAAAACUAAACUCAGUCAUUCUUGUACAUCACUGACACACCACCGUAGUUUGCUGCUUGUCUUGGUGGUAGUUCUAGCAGUCAGUAAUUUGUUACAGUUGUGACACUGGACAUUUAUCUGUCUGGCAGGGGCUUAUCAGCAUGUACUCAGUCAGGGACCAAGUGGCAAUAAACAUUACAACUCUGGAAUAAAGAAUGCAAAGUCAUUUUAUAGUGGUAUAUAGCUAAUGCGAUGUCUUCAAAGAUGUGACUUGUAUUCAACUGACAGGACCAGUAAGUAGGCGAGUGUUAUGUUUAGGUAUAUAUGUUACUGUAUUGAAUGCAGUGUUACUGUAACGUUAUAUUCAACAACACUGAACUAUUUUAAAAUCCCAUUUCUAAACAUUAUUACUUUAUUCUCAGUUUGCUUACCGAAGUCUGCUAGAUACAGCCUAGAUUUGUAGACGAUAGAUGGUAAUGAUUUUAGUGGAGGCCUUAGAGUACAUGUGAACAUACUACCAAUGCUGGUGCCUCAUAGCAAACCUUUGUUAGCAGAAAAUGAAUAAACAUACAAUGCACAAAGUCA